CCCAACAGCCGAGAAGGGGAGGGAGGGCAGAGGAGGGGACCAGGAAAGACACCCCCGUGCCCCGAAGACAUAAAUUUGAGUGCCCGGGAGGAGCCUUAACAAGCUGCGCGGAGCCCUUCAAGGCUGCUAAGUUGGCUAUCACAGUGCAAGCCCUGGAGUCCCAAUGGGGGACUCAGGAUCAAGACGAUCUACCCUGGUCUCCCGGUUGCCAAUAUUCAGAAGAAGUAUUAGCAGAAGACGUGAUUCUCUUCCUUCUUCACCCUCCUCCAGUAAUACAGUUGGUGUCCACAGUUCCUCUCCUUCCAGCACUAACUCAAGCUCAGGUAGCACAGGUAAACGCAGGAGCAUAUUCCGUACUCCUUCCAUUAGUUUCCAUCAUAAGAAGGGGAGUGAACCUAAGCAAGACGCUACCAACCAGAACCUUAGUAUUUCAAAUGGUGCUCAAUCUGGUCAUAGCAGUAUGCCAAAACUGAGUUUGGAAGAACAUAUUAAAACCAGGGGAAGACAUUCUGUUGGUUUUAGCAGUUCACGAAAUAAGAAGAUAACAAGAUCUUUAACAGAAGAUUUUGAAAGGGAAAAAGAGCACUCAACUAAUAAGAAUGUCUUUAUAAAUUGCCUAAGUUCUGGCAAAAGUGAGGGGGAUGAUUCUGGAUUCACAGAAGAACAAACUCGCCGUUCUGUAAAGCAGUCAACAAAGAAGCUACUUACUAAAUCCUUUUCAUCUCACUAUAAAUUUUCUAAACCUGUUCCACAGAGUCAAUCCAUUUCAUUGGUACAACAGUCUGGAUUCUCAUUGGAAAUUACACAGUACCAAGAGAGAGAACCUGUAUUAGUAAGAGCUUCUCCAUCUUGUUCUGUGGAUGUAACAGAACGGGGAGGAAGCUCUUUACAAUCUCCGUUGCUUUCUGCUGAUCUUACAACAGCUCAGACACCUUCAGAGUUCUUAGCCUUGACUGAAGAUUCUGUGUCUGAAGCAGAUGCAUUUCCUAAAAGUGGAAGCAUGGCAUCCCACUGUGACAACUUUGGCCACAAUGAUUCUACCUCUCAGAUCUCUUCCAAUCCUGCUGCUGUUACAAAGACAACAAUAGACCUUAUGGGAACUGUUCCCUGUGCAAUUAUGUCUCCUGGAAAAUACAGGUUAGAAGGCCAAUGUAGCACUGAAUCUAAUUCCUUACCAGAAACCUCUGCUGCUAAUCAGAAGGAAGUGUUAUUGCAAAUCACUGAGUUACCCGUUAUGAAUGGGAACAACUCAGAGACUCACUUAUCAGGAGAUGUGCAAAGAGAAGAACAUAUGGUAGUACAAAAUGGUGAAACAAUGUUGGCAACAAGCUCCCCAAGGAAGCUUGGAUUUUAUGAGCAACAUAAAGCAAUAGCUGACCGUGUUAGAGGGAUUCAUCCUAUUUCAGAUUCAAGGAUAAUACCCUCUUCUGGAGAUCAUCAUAUUUUCAACAAAGCAUCAUAUGGCUAUGAAUCAAAUCCUGCCAAAGUUCUUGCCAGUAGCUUCAGUCCCUAUCGGGAAGGAAGAUUUAUAGAAAGGCGGCUGCGAUCCUCAUCUGAAGGAACUGCAGGGAGUAGCAGAAUGAUUUUGAAACCCAAAGAUGGAAAUGUAGAAGAAGUGAAUAGCCUAAGAAAGCAAAGAGUGGGUUCAUCAUCUUCAAAAAUGAACAGCAUGGAUGUUUUGAAUAAUUUGGGAUCUUGUGAACUGGAUGAAGAUGAUCUAAUGCUUGAUUUAGAAUUUUUAGAGGAACAGAAUCUUCAUCCUUCUGUUUGCCGGGAGGAUUCAUACCACUCCGUGGUCUCAUGUGCUGCUGUGGUUCUCACUCCUGUGGAACCAACGCUAGAAAUGAAGAAAAGAGAAGAACUAAAGUGUCCUGAACCUUCCAAACAGAAUCUUUCCCUGAAAUUAACAAAAGACAUUGAUCAGGAAGUAAGGUGUUCCCAUAUCAGUCGAAUGCCCAGCAGUCCAUCUGCAGACUGGCCCCUGCAAGGUGUGGAAGAAAAUGGAGGCCUCGAUUCUCUGCCCUUCAGACUGAUGUUACAGGACUGCACAGCUGUCAAGACAUUAUUAUUAAAGAUGAAGAGAGUUCUUCAAGAGAGUGCAGAUAUGAGCCCAGCAAGUAGCACCACUUCACUUCCUGUUAGUCCUCUGACUGAAGAGCCAUUGCCUUUCAAGGAUGUAAUGAAAGAUGAAUGCUCACUGCUGAAGCUGCAGCUGAAAGAGCGGGAUGAGCUCAUUGCCCAACUUCAGGAAGAGCUGGAAAAAGUCCAGCAUUUACAGAAGGCUUUUGCUUCAAGAGUAGAUAAAUCCACACAGACUGAACUUCUAGGCUAUGAUGCUGUGUUCUUUUUAUCUUUUGGAAAAGAAGGGAUAAGAAUUUUUAAUCUUCCUCUCUUGACCGAGCACUACGGAGAGAAAUACCUGGGAGAGCUGACUUGGUAAGAAUUCCUACCUGUUGCCAUCUUCUGCCACUUUUCCAGGAUCCCAUCUGCAGGCUCCAGAGCAAGUAUGGUGCCUCAACAGAUCCCUACUGGGUCACCAAACUAUAGCAGACGAAAAAUAAUUUCUCCUCUAACCUUCUAGGUUCUUGACUGAAACCACUCCUAUAAUGAAAGACAGACUAAUAGGUGGAAAACAAGUUUUAUAACAUACACCUCCUUUAUACAUGUGAGAUACCCAGGAAAACAGUAAUUUCCCAAAAUGGCCAAGCCAACGCCUUACAUACCAUCUCCAGCUAAAGACAAAAGAAGGAUGUUUGGGGCUCAUUGGAGGUUAUGAGAGAUUACCAGGAAGAACACAGUAAACAAGGGUAAAGUUGUUAUGCACGUUUAGGUCUGUGGCUUCUCCACUGAUGAGUUUCCAAAGAUCUGGUCAUCUUCUUCUUCCUAGUAUAGAGAGGGACACACCCUUACCAAUGGAGAGUUUUCCUUAUAAAUGGAAAUGUCUCUUACAAAAGGGUAACUUUUACUUGGUUUUCAGAACUGUUCCUUUGUUUGUAGUUUCUUAAAAAUAACCAGCUCAAGAUAAUCCUUAAGCCAAAGACGCAUAUUUUGGGGUGGCAAAUUCUCCUUCUCACUAGCUUUUAUCUUCUUCCAGUGAAAGAACUGGGUAAUGAUUUCAGGGAGAAAAGGCAUUAAACUAUUAGAUUAUUAGUGUUUCAAAAUAAAGACAUAAAAACUGUUUCUUAUAACUUAUAGUGUAGAGAGCUAAAGAAAACAGUUCCAUAUAUGUUUGACUUUGUACCAAGGAGGCAAAGGAAUAGGAAUUUUCAGGAUAUUGCAUUACAGAAGGUUUCCUAAAAGAGAGCCACGUGUAACAUUAACCUCUUGCUCUGUGAAGUAAGAGUACCAGGAAAUUAUACUCAUGUGAUGCUACGUUGUUAAAAUGGUAAUUAGAAUUUUAAAUGUAUAAAGCUAAAUUACUGUGGAGACAAUUUAUACCGAAGAGUGUAAUUUACAAUUCAGAGUACUUAAAACUCAGUGUUUUUACCUAUCAGAAUUACUUCAGAUUUGUCAUUAUGUUAUGAAUUUUGUGCUUAUAAAUUGAUUAUGGAUUUGGAUUUAAUCCAUCAAAUUAAAGGAAAAUUUACUAUCAAGGUAAUUUAUAUCAAGGUACAGUCUAAUGUAGAAGAAUUUCAGAAAGAAAAAUAAACAAGUUCAGUAUUUUCUUGAUUGAAAAGUAUAACUUAAAAAUUCAUAAAUUGUUCAUUUUUUAAGCUUCAGAAAAGACUAAUAUAGAAUUGGAAAUAGUGUUUUUCAACUUUUUAGAUAUAAAAGGCACUCAAUAUUGUUCCAAAAAUACUCCUUAAGAGUCUUUUUUUAAUUUAUGGGAAAGUUGCUACAAACUCUGAGUCUGAUAGGAUUAAUUUUUCUUCUUUGAGGGAGCAGCAGUAAUGACUCAUCAUUUAGCUGUAAGAAAUAUGAACCUAAAAGGAACUUAGUGUGAAUCAUAAAAAUAUACAAAAAGUACUUGGUGUGAGUAUAUGUAUUUUCUACUCUUUUAAUAGCUUUCCUCCAUUUUGAUUUUCUUAUUUAUUUAAAAAUAUAAACAGUGAACCAUUAUCUAUAAAUAUACCACAUGUACAUAAACAUAUAUAUUUUGGCAUUUCAAAUAUAAUGGACAUUAGCCUACUCUAAUUGUUACUGAAAGCCAAAUUUAGCUGCCUGUCAUGGCUGGAAGGACUAAAACUCAAAAGAGUGUUGAUUGGAAAGGAAUAUGAGCUUUAUUCAGAAGGCUGGCCAACUGGGGAGAAAGUGAUCUGUUGUCCAAAGGCCAACUCCAAGGUUUCUGCCUGGCUUAGGGAUUUUUUAAAGGGGUUUAGGGCAGUUAAUCAGUAAAGGGGGUGCAGUGGUCCAUACCAUUUCUUGAUUAUGUGCAGACACAUGGUGCCAGCUACACACAUGAUCUCAGUGCUUAGGGGUUUUACAAAGGGGUCUGGUUCCUUAGUGCCUGGGGCAUGUGCAAGGUGGUCGUGUUUCUGUUUAGCGAUGUGAAGUGCUCUGUUCUUUUUUCCAAAAAAUUCAGGAUCUAUAGACAUACAAAGAAAGGUUUGUUAAUCGAUCACAUAGGCUAAGGGUGUUCGUUAAAGUUGAAAGAGUACAAGUUUGUAAAGUUGAAAGGUUUGUUGGAGGGGCCAAGGUGGUUUCUAUUCCUCACAGUCAGUUUGAUUGUUUUGUAUCUAUGGGAUUAGGACCAAAGGUUCUUCUUCUGUAGCUACUUCCUGCAGAUGGGGAUGAUUUAGGGAUUUUUGGAAUGGCAUUUCAACUGUAGGGAAUAGUAAGGGCAUCUCUCAGCCAGUAUGAAUAGUGCAAGUUCCUCCCUUGACAGAUGCAAAAAGUCACAACCAAAGGGAAAGAAAAGAAGAAAUGCAGUAAUGCGUAAUAGGAUAUAUUUACGUCUGGAAGGAAUUGAAGUUAGCCAACUGCUGAAAGGAUCUAGAACUAGGGCAUGUGAUUUGGUCAUUUAAAUCUUUCAUGUCUUCAAUUAUAUUUUUUGAGUAAUGUGAAUAUGAAACAUUUUGUCUUAGUGAAAACACAUGUCCCUCUUUGGGCUGCUGUCAAGAUAUCUAGGGCUAUUUGAUUUUGGCAGACCACUUUUCACAGCUAUGGAGGGUAGCAUGCCAGGUUUGGUUAAAAGCUUGGAUAAGACCUUUACUCAUAAUUUUACAUUGAUAGAGGUGGCUACUGGGACAAAUAUGGCCAAGGGGAAAAGAAAUAUCAAGAAGCCCUCUUUGCCCAAUGUCUAGCUUUAACAAUAUCCUACUUAUAAGGAAUCAUUGGCAAGUGGAAGAAGACUUAUUUGGGGAUAUAGGCAUCUCCAAGUGCACUCUCCAAUCAUAAGGAAACUGGGACCAUCUGCUAUUUCCACAAGUCCAUAGCUAACCCUAUGGCUCCAUAAAGUCAACCUUUGUUCCUUAGAGCUGUCUGGUCAUAUCUGAGUCUAUGUUUGUCUGUCUCAAACAAGAUGUUCCAGUCAAAGCCUUGGUAAUAUAGCCAAUGUUUCCAACGGUGUCCUGUAACAAAGGGAACAGAUUCUUAUUGAACUUAUGCAAAUAAUAUUUGCCAUGAAAGAAAGAGUACUCAUGGAGAGUUUCUGAGUUCUGGAGGGUUCAAGUAGGGAGAAAAUAAAAUGCUUCAAUUUGUUCACAAAAGAAUUUUUAUUGUAUUCUGUAAGUCAUAGAUAUCUUAAGAGAAAGUUUUCUUAAUCUAGAAGAACAAACAUUAAAGAACCAACAAUGUUUCAAACAAGUCAUAAAACCUAUAGUCAUCCUCCUCAAUUCAUUUAGUCCCAAGUUAUUAAUUUUGUUCUGUUUGAAUGCAGCUUUUUCAUUGGUUCUGGACAUUCUUACCCAGUUUAGUUUUAUGAUCUUGAAGAUAUCAAAUAUAUGUAUUUUUUAAAAGUCCUUUUCUGUAUUGCAUGGUGGCUAACUUAACAUAAUAAAUAAAAAAGCCCUUUUCAUGAAUCUCCUUGAAGAUGAAACAGUCUUCAAGAGCAUCAGAACAAUAACUAUAAAUGACAACAGAUUAAAAAAGGACAUGGUUAAAGAUCUGAUGAGAGUUCAUUUAAUGCAGGUGCCAAAAAUUCCAGUUAUUUCUGUGACAUGCAACAUUUCAACAAUUAGAAUGUCACGUGAUGACUUUAUAUGAGGACAUAUUAAAACUUCAGGAAUUUCAUGUAUUUUCUGGAACGGUUAUGGCAUUUACCCAUACAGUAUAACCUAGGACUUAACAUCGUUUGUUUGACAAUGCUUCCCAAGUAACUUAGCAUACCAAUUAACCAGUCUAAUUUGUCAGAAAAAUUUAAUUAUUUAGAAUUCAAAUCUUGGGAAGUUUGUUAAAAACCUCAGAAAAUUAUGAAGUACAUGCCUAAAUAGGAUGACAGAUAAAUAUAAAAUUCAGUAUUAUCUGUUUAACCAAGGUGGUGAUAAGAGACACUGCGGAAGUUUAUAUGGUUGCUAACAAAGUUAGCUCCUUUAAUAUUGAGAAGGUUCAGUUUUCUUAUGUAAUCAAAGACCUGAUGAAGACAAAACUUAGAAAUUUUGGUUUUCUGGGCAGGUGAAGAAAAGAAAACAAACUUUGUUUACAAUUUCUUAUCAAUGGCAGACCAGCAGUCCAAGAAAACUUAAUCUUUUUAACAGAAAGAAAAGCAGAAUUUCAAUCUUAUACUAGUGUGCUAUUAAAACUCAUUAAUUCCUAUAUUAGUCCUGACCAUACUUAAAAUUUUUAUCCAAAGACUUCCCUUCACAAACUUUCUACAACUUUCUUUUACAUUCAGAUUGUGUUUUAAGCCUACUCUCUCUUAAAUAACCAGUCUCAUUUUAGGACAAAAUUACUUUCUUUUUUUCCCCUGAACAAAAGUGUAUUCCUGUUCCUUAUAUCUUUCUUAUCAAAAACACAUCUUACUUUUCUUGCCUACAGUGUCGCUUACCUUAUCAUUUCUAGCAAUCUCAGUCACAUUUAUCAGAAUUUUAACUCUUAGAAACUUUAGUCUCUCUUGAAAACUAAGUAGUAACCAAUUGUGAACUCUUAUAGCACGGUUCUUUAGACUGGAAAUUUAUGAAUACAUUUUCAGACUUUCAGAUUUUUAGAAACAUGGUUGUUGUCUUUUUUUUUUUUUGCCAGAGUACAACCUGCAAUAAUAAAGCAUAAAGCACGUUUAGCAAUAGACCCAAGUAUCCUCAGUUUCUCUGCCAUAAGAAGCCAGAAACAGACAAACCUACAUUCAGUAAUCAAUGCUUUUGUAUUCUUAUUUGGGAAAGACUUAGUUAUCUACUGAAUUUAAUCCAAUUUAUCAUUUAACUUUGGAAGACUUGGAUGUUUCAGCUUAGAAAAAUUUUGAAAACUUGGGGUGCCUGGGUGGCUCAGUCAUUAAGUGUCUGCCUUCAGCUCAGGGCAUGAU